AGUGAGUAUGACUAAAAUAGUCCACUUUCUGUGGUCACAAGUCAGCAAUUAAAUUGGUUUAAAAAAAUGUCUUAACUUCAUUAUGUAGGAAUCUUUUAGAUCAAAUCUCCAACUACUUAACUAUAAUUCCAAGAAUUAUUUUAGAGAUCUGUGCAUCUGGGUAUUCCUCAUUUUAGUGUGUAGUACCUUUGUGUCAUUUUCAUUUGCUGUCUGUCAAAUAGUACUAUUCAAUUAUUGUCUUUCUUCUUGUCUCAUUAUUUUCUUGAAAAAAAAAUUGUGUUUUUGUCCUUUGUUUUUCACUGUAUUUUGUUACUACCUCACCUUAUUAUCUGUAUAAAUUCAAGAAUUGUACUCAUGUGAUACAUGUGCAAAAUCUUUUUGCCCCCCUUUACAUAAUUCUUGAAAAAGAUCCCAACUUUAUUCUGUGAUUAUUCAUAUUUUCUGUGUUUUGAUUCAAUUUAUGGAGAAAUUUUUGCCCUUUGUAAUUUGCUUGUCAUUGUUGUUUUUGGGUAGUUGUUAUUGUUCUAUUAAUGUAGAACAAUUGAGGGAUAAAAUUACUUAUUUGCCUGGUCAACCAGCAAAUGUAGAAUUCAAUCAGUAUUCAGGUUAUGUUACUGUAAAUGAACAAGCUGGAAGAGCAUUGUUUUACUGGUUAAUUGAGUCACCAAUGAGUAGAAAUCCUGAGAAAAGGCCACUAAUUUUAUGGCUAAAUGGAGGGCCAGGUUGUUCUUCAGUAGCUUAUGGAGCUGCUGAAGAAAUCGGUCCGUUUCAUAUUAAUUCUGAUGGGAAGACACUUUACUUGAAUCCUUACUCCUGGAACAAUUUGGCGAAUUUGCUUUUUCUUGAAUCGCCAGCUGGGGUUGGAUUUUCGUAUACGAAUACUUCCUCAGAUUUGUAUAAUGCGGGUGAUCAAAGAACAGCUGAAGAUACGUACCAGUUUCUCGUCAAGUGGUUCGAAAGGUUUCCUCAAUACAAGCAUAGAGAAUUUUAUAUUGCUGGAGAAAGUUAUGCAGGGCAUUAUGUUCCACAGCUAUCUCAACUUGUCUACCAAAGGAACAAGGGAAUCAAGAACCCGAUUAUUAAUUUCAAGGGCUUUAUGGUGGGGAAUGCUGUUACCGAUGAUUACCAUGACUAUAUUGGCACGUUCGAGUACUGGUGGACCCAUGGCUUGAUUUCAGAUUCUACAUACAAGCUUCUCCAGAUAACCUGUGACAAAGGAUCUUCUGAACAUCCUUCCACUGAUUGCACUAAAGCUCUUCUUCUUGCCGAACAAGAGCAGGGAAAUAUUGACCCUUAUAGCAUAUAUACUCGUCCUUGUGCUAGUACUUCAUCGCUUCGGCGUAACUUAAGGGGUCAUUAUCCAUGGAUGUCCAGAGCAUACGACCCAUGCACCGAGAGGUAUUCUGAAGUUUAUUUUAAUCUCCCGGAGGUACAAAAGGCGUUCCAUGCUAAUGUAACUAAGGUUGCCUAUCCUUGGAAAACAUGCAGUGAUAUUGUUGGAAACUAUUGGGCCGAUUCUCCUCUGUCAAUGCUGCCUAUCUACCAAGAGCUAAUAUCUGCUGGUCUUAGGAUAUGGGUAUUCAGUGGGGAUACUGAUUCAGUUGUUCCUGUAACCGCAACUCGAUAUUCUAUAGAUGCUUUGAAGCUUCCAACUAUCACCAACUGGUACCCUUGGUAUGACAAUAAAAAGGUUGGAGGAUGGAGCCAAGUAUACAAGGGGUUGACGCUUGUAACUGUAACAGGAGCAGGGCACGAGGUGCCACUUCAUCGCCCUCGUCAAGCUUUCAUUCUAUUGAGAUCUUUUUUGGAGAACAAACCAAUGCCGAGCUAAAACAUGCAGGUUCCUCUGUCUAUUUGCGAACAAACAAGUGAAAAUCUGUAGAAUAAUAACCAUAUAAUCGCGCUGUUCUUUCCCCUCGACUCGCAUAUUUCUGGUUGCAGUUGGAAAUUAUGAAGUAAAGGCCGCGGGGAGAUUCAAGAUUGUUACACCUUAAUAAUGCUUUACAGUUUACAUUAGUUAUAUUAGAACUUGCAUUCAUAUAUUGGUUUGAAUUCAUUUUAUAGAUAAAAACAUUAAUUCCAUGUAAAUGGAGUUCCCAGUUGAAGACAUUCACAUCUUAUAGGGAAAUCAAUUUAAUCCUACUUGUUUGUAGCUUUUUUUUUUGUAGACAAAUCUAUGUAUUCUCUGAGUAUUAUAGCUUGUGCUGCAGUACUUGUA